GGGACCAGACCAUACAUCAACACUCGACACGGUCAACAACUUGGGCAUCCUCUACGCGGACCUGGGACGGCUUGACGAGGCGGAGAAGAUGUACUUGCGAGCGCUGCAAGGCUAUGAGAAAGCACUUGGCCAAGAAGCAGUAAAGACGUAUAUACCAGCACUUAACACAGCUCAGAAUAUGGCAGUUCUCUUCCAGCAGACUGGUAGAACGCAGAAAGCAGAGGGUUUAUACGAACAGGCUCUCUUUAGUGUUGAAGCAGUUUUCGGGCGUACAAGCAAUAGGUACUGUAGUAUUGCUAAGAUCUUGGAUGCACUGCGCAAUAAUAGGGAGCAUGAAACAUAAAUUCCUAAUUUAAAGUUGAUGCUACUUCCUA